CGGGUGCUCAGCGUAGACUUGCCAUGUCCUGGGAGACAAACAUCCUUGGCUCAGCCAUGAAUAACUGUGUGCUCCUGGAGGAACUGCUGAUCAAGAAAUCCCAGCAGAAGAGAAGGACUUCACCCUCCAACUUUAAAGUGCGCUUCUUUGUCUUGACCAAAUCCAAGCUGGCUUACUACGAACAUCGCCACGGGAAAAAAAAGACUUUGAAGGGUUCUGUGGAACUUUCCAGGAUUAAAUGUGUGGAAAUUGUGAAGAGUGACAUCAUCAUUCCCUGUCAGUACAAAUAUCCUUUCCAGAUUGUCCACGACAGCUACAUCCUCUACGUGUUUGCACCCAACCGGGAGAGCAGGCAGAGAUGGGUCCUCACGCUGAAGGAAGAAACCAGAUACAACAACAGUUUGGCUUCAAAGUGUCAUCCAGAUUUUUGGUUAGAUGGCAAAUGGAGAUGCUGUGCUCAGACAGAGAAGAUGGCAGCUGGCUGUGUGCUGUAUGACCCCACCAAAAAUGCCUCGAAGAAGCCUCUUCCUCCCACUCCUGAAGAUAACUGGAAAUUGUUGCUAGACCCAAAGGAGGCCGUGGUCAUAGCCAUAUAUGACUAUGAAGCCCAGAACCCACAGGAGCUGACCCUACAGUGUAAUGAGGAAUAUUAUGUGAUUGACAGCUCUGAGGAACAUUGGUGGCUGAUCCAAGAUAAGAAUGGGCAUGAAGGCUACGUGCCAAGCAGCUACCUGGCGGAAAAAUCACCCGAGAAUCUGCAAAUUUAUGAGUGGUACAAUAAGAACAUCAGCAGAAGCAAAGCAGAAACACUGCUCAGGGAUGAGGGUAGGGAAGGGGCUUUCAUGGUGAGAGAUUCGAGGCAGCCUGGCAUGUACACAGUCUCUGUUUUCACCAAAGCAUUAAGCACGGACAACAAUCCUGUUAUAAAGCAUUACCACAUCAACGAGACAACCGACUUCCCCAAGCGAUACUACCUGGCAGAAAAGCACGUGUUUGACUCCAUCCCUGACCUCAUCAACUACCACCAGCACAAUGCAGCAGGUCUCGUGACACGGCUGCGACACGCCGUCUCCUCUUGGAGGAAAACAGCYCCCAUCACUGCAGGGCUCAGCUAUGGAAAAUUGGUCAUUAAUGCCUCUGAGCUCACCCGUGUGCAGGAGAUUGGCAGUGGCCAGUUUGGGGUGGUCUACCUUGGCUACUUGCUGGGCAAGACCAAAGUGGCCAUAAAAACCAUCCGUGAAGGAGCAAUGUCUGAGGAGGAUUUCAUCGAGGAAGCCAAAGUCUUGAUGAAGCUGUCUCACCCCAAGCUGGUCCAGCUUUAUGGGGUGUGCUUUGAGGAUGCUCCCAUCUGCCUGGUGUUUGAGUUCAUGGAGAAUGGCUGCUUGUCYGACUACCUCAGGAGCCAGCGGGGCAGCUUCUGCCAGGAAACCCUGCUGGGGAUGUGCCUGGAUGUGUGUGAAGGAAUGGCUUAUCUGGAACAAAACUCUGUCAUCCACAGAGACCUGGCUGCCAGGAACUGCCUGGUGGGRGAAUCCCACGUGGUCAAAGUGUCCGACUUUGGGAUGUCGAGGAUUGUCCUGGAUGAUCAGUACACCAGCUCUACGGGCACCAAGUUUCCAGUCAAGUGGUCUGCCCCAGAGGUUUUCUCCUACAGCCACUACAGCACCAAAUCUGACGUUUGGUCWUUUGGAGUGCUGAUGUGGGAGGUCUUCAGUGAAGGUAAAAUCCCCUAYGAGAAUCGCACCAAUGCAGAGGUGGUGGAAGAAAUCAACGCAGGAUUUCGGCUCUACAAACCCAAGCUGGCCUCCAAGGCGAUUUAUGAGGUGAUGAGCCACUGCUGGAGGAUGGGGAAAGACGAGCGGCCAUCCUUUUCUCUUCUGCUGUUUCAGCUGAGUGAAAUCUCUGAGUUUGGUGUGUAAUCAUGGCACUGUGUGCUCAGCACGGCUGAGAGUCCUGAGAAGAGAGAAGCUGGAUUUUCCCCACACAAAGCAUUAACAGGAAUCCUCUCACCAUAAACACUUGCCAUAUGCCUGGGGAGAAGGAGAGGGCAGAGGCUGGUACUUCCAGACAGACAAGAUAUCCCCAGGUCUUCCAGAGCCUAGACAGGCACAGGCUUUGGUUUGGCCAAGACUGUGGUUUGCAUCUUAAAAGCAG